AGCCAUGCAGGUUGCACGGACAGUUUGAAGCUUGGAGCAAGCCACAACGCAUUGUAAGUGAAGAAUCAAGAUUGAAGAUCGUGUCUUUUUUCCCUACCGCUUUUGGGCUGCAAGAGUGAGAGAUGAACACGAUGCAGCAAAGAAGGUUGAGAUUGGUGAUGUGGAUUCUGGCUUUGUGUCUCAUUGUUUACAUAGCGGGACGACCAAUGUAUUGGCAACUUAGCGAGGGCUUGAACGCCACUGUUCGUCACGUCGCCUCUUCGUCUUGUCCGCUUUGCCCCUGUGAUUGUUCUUUUCAACCCCUUAUUUCUCUCCCUGAAGGUUUGAGCAACAAUUCCAUUACAGAUUGCAUGAAGGAAAACCCAAUGAUGAGUGAAGACAUGCAGAAGAGUUUCAUAGACCUGCUGUCAGAAGAAAUGAAGUUGAAGGAAGCAAAAGCUUGUGAAAAACAUCGGCAUGAUGAUAUGGCACUCUUAGAGGCUAAGAAAUUAGCAUCACAGUAUCAAAAGGAGGCUGACAAGUGCAAUUCAGGGAUGGAUACAUGUGAGGAAGCUAGGGAAAGAGCUGAAGGAACACUGGAUGAUCAGAUGAGAAUAACUGCUCUGUGGGAGCUCAGGGCUAGGCAAAGAGGAUGGGUAGAGUCCAGAGUGAGGUUCCGUCGUGCUUAUGUCUGA